GAACUGCGGAGGCAGAGCUGCUGAGGAGGCUAAGAGUGUCGGCUCGCUCGACGUCGGGGAAGCCGGUCCUUUGGCGAGAGGCCGAUAAGGCGACCGACCGCACCCAUGACGUUCAAACAGAGCCGCGGGGACCGAUUUUACAGCACCUGGUGCUGCGGCUGCUGCCAUGUCCGCACCGGGACCAUCAUCCUGGGGACCUGGUAUAUGGUGGUGAAUCUGCUGGUGGGAAUCCUGCUGACCGUGGAGGUGACUCACCCCAACACGGUGGCCACCGUCAACCUUCAGUAUGAAGUCAUCGGGAACUACUACUCCUCGGAAAGGAUGGCCGAGAACGCCUGUGUCCUCUUCGCCUUCUCGCUGCUCAUGUUCACCAUUAGCGCCAUGAUGGUCUACGGAGCCGCCGCCCAUCGCGUGGGCUGGCUCAUCCCCUUCCUCUGCUACCGGCUCUUUGACUUUGUCCUCAGCUGCCUGGUGGCCAUCAGCUCGCUCACUUACCUGCCCAAGAUCAAAGACUACCUGGACCAGCUCCCCCCCUUCCCCUACAAGGACGACCUGCUGGCUCUGGACUCGAGCUGCCUCCUCUUCCUGAUCCUCGUGUUCUUCACCCUGUUCAUCGUUUUUAAGGCUUAUCUCAUCAGUUGUGUCUGGAACUGCUACAAGUACAUCACCCACAGAAACCUCCCCGAGAUCGCAGUGUACCCGGCCUUCGAGGCUUCUCUGCAGUACAUCCUGCCCACCUACGAGACAGCCGUGAAGAUGCCUGAGAAGGAGCCGCCCCCUCCGUACAUCCCGGCCUGAGGCCCUGCCAGGGACGCCCCGCCCGCCCUGGGCCCCCUUUGGGCCGGCUGAGCCCCCGCUCCCCGGCCGCCCGCACACACUACGGCCUGUUUCUGAUUGCUUGAACCCUUGUUCUUUAUGAGUAUUAUGGGAUGUUGGGGGGAGGGGGGCAUUUGUAGAGUGGACUUUGGGCUUCGUUGUGGUUGCCGUUUGGUUUAAGUGCAUUGAUUUCACAGAAGGGGCUCUGGACGCCGACCCCCGGGUGGGCCAGAGCCGGGCCUCCCCGGGGCCUCCCCAUGCCCACCCGGCCCCCUCAGCCUUGGUGGGAGGCCCCGGCCCACGGCCUGCCGGACUCUGGGGUCUGUACCUUUCUCUCUCUCUCUCUGACAAGAUGCAUUAAUAAACCUUUUCAACAAAA